GAGCAACUUUAUUGACACACAUCUUGUAAGAACAACCAGGACUUGUCCUUCAGUGCUAAACAUCAAGCAGUCACCACUUUUCAUCCGCAGCAAACCCGGAAUACGUGUUCGUGAAAGAAAACGACACCACUGUGGAUCAUGGCGGCAAAGAUUUUGCCCGUAGUGAAACUGGCCGCCAAGGUGACCAUAGCAGGAGGAACUCUGUAUGUCGCCUGUGACUCUGGUCUGCUGGGGGGCAGCGAGCAGGGCUCGGAGGCGCUGCAGAAGGCCAAGGCUGCAAUACCCCCCGCCAUACAGGAAUGGAUGAAGUACUUCGGCCUGGAGGCUCAGCUCCCAGCCAUGCCGAAGGUUGAAUUCUCUCCCGUUCAGUCGUGGAACUCUGGAGUACGGUGGACGGUUUCAUCUCUUUCGGAGGCUCCAAUGAAGGCAACUGAAUAUUCAAGUCAGGGUCUGCAGUACCUGAAAGACCUCAUCAAGUGAACUGGAAGUCUGGGCAACCAGACAUUCAUCCAUCUUUUUGACUCUUGCACUUGAGCAACAUCACUUCUUCAAAUGUUGUCGCCCCUCAAAAGAAAAUAAGAAAACUGCUUGAUAAAAUUAAGCUACGAGGAUUGUCCUCUUUUGAAUGGUUCAGCGGCAUUUGCUCUGAGUUAUACAUUAGACAAAACGUUAUGUCAUUUAUGUAUACCACAAAUUUGUUUGUACAGACUAAUUCACACACCCCCCCAAACCAUUCAAAAAAUAUAACGAGUGUCUGAUAUAUAUAUAUAUAUUUAUAUAUAUAUAUGCAGUUUCACUUUGUGACUAAUACAACAAUCUUAAAACAUGUCCUGUAUAUUUAUUAAAUCGAAGUACAACACAAUGCAUGCUUAUAAUUGAAGUGUUUGAAGAACAAGAGCAUCAAAUGUGCAAAAGUCUUUAUUACCCAUGACAGAAUAAUAACGACACAUAUUACCUGUUGAUGCUGCUACAACUUCAGAACAGGAGGUGGUGAUUGAAGCACGAAGAAGAGCGCGCACAGUCGUUUGUAACUCCACUCGACAGCACCACUAGGGGUGAUGUACAGUGUUAACCUUUUUUUGGAUUGAUAUUUUAAAAGUGGCUUUAAACAAACAGUACAUAUUAUGCCACACACUGUCACUUCUCCAAUGCCAAAGUUCAAAUUGAAAAUCUCUUGACACUGCCCAGAUGGUGCAUGCAGCGCCGACAGUUAAAAAUAACAGUAACGGUACACCUACUUAUUAACUAGUUUACUGAGGGAUACACUGAAUGACAGAAGGUUGAGAUGAAAUCCAUACUGCAAGCAUACAUGUCGCGUUUGUGAGAAUACCAGACAGACAGGACAGACUGGAACCACAGUUAGCUACUGUCUACAAAGUGGUUUGUCAGUUUAGAUUACACCGGUUAUAAUUUUUUGUGUAUGAAUGACCCUUUCACUAAAGGGUGGUGGUGGUGUUUCAGUGAGAUAUUCAUAUUGUGAAUAAUCACAACAGGCAACAUUACAAGGCAAUAAACAAGUUGUACAGAUUAAAUACUGUCAUCUGAA